CCAUAAACCCUAGAAGAGAGGCACACAAACAUGAUUUUUCUAAUUGACACGUGUCACUACCUAGAGACCUAAGCCUUUUGUUGUGCAAACAAAUAAGAAGAAAGAAUUUCAUUCCAUUUCCCAAAUCUUCUUCUUCUUCUUCUUCCGUUUUUUCAGAGCAAACAAAAACACUCUUAUCCUCAUUCUUCUUCUUACUCAUUUUUCAUCACUGUUUCAUCAACAAAACAAAAAAACAGAGAUACUAUGAAGCUAAAACAGAGACAAAGAAAUUACGAUGUUUUGGAUUGGUCAGAAAGGGAAGUUGAAACUGCUGAAAUUCUUGCUUUAUUAUAUCAUCGUUUCUCUUUGUUGAGUAGUGUAACAUACUCAUGGGGGUGUAAAAAGCAGAGAUCUGCAAUUCAAAACAACCCUUCUUCUUAUGGCGGCGCCGCCGUUCUUCCUCCUUCUUCUGAUGCCGGAAAAGCUCAAGCUUCAAGUCCUGCUACCCCUCUUUCAUUUCCAGCCACUGAAUCAGAUGACAAAACUAAACCUUUCAAAAACAAAGUUUCUCUCAAAAGGAAGAGAGAACACUAUCUUAAUAUGAUUGAAGAUUUGACCAAAAACAAAGACUCGAUCAAUCAAGAGAUUGAAAAUGUGAAGCGUCACUAUGAACAAUUGAAGGAGUACAAUUUCAAGUUGAAAGCAAAGCAAAAAGAGCUAAGUAUUAAUGGUCCCAAAGGUGAAUACAAAAACCUCAAUUUGGUAAUUAAUCAACCAAUUCAAGUCUCAGUCAACUCUUCAAAUUUCACCGUUGAAAAUGAAGAGAAAAUGAAGCAACAAAUAAUGGAAAUACCCAAUCAUCAUAAUCAUAGUAAUUUUGGGCUUGUUCAAUUUCAAUGUGCAUCAUCUUCUAGCAAUCCAACGUUGCAAGUUGGAUCUUCAUCAUUGGGUCGUAACAGUAGUAACAUGGGCCCAUUAGCCAUUCCUGAUCUGAACUUAUCCAUUGAAGAGUCGGUCCACGUGGACACAUGUCAACCGUUGGAUGAAGCUACAUCAAAUAAUAAUAAUAAUAAUAUGGAUUUGAGUAAAGUUAUGGCAGCUCAAGCAAGACAGAGAAGGAUUCAGAUUUUCAGGCUCAAGAAACCCGUGGUGGGUAAUAAUAAUACCAAACAACGCCAACCUUCUUAUAGAUAGUUAUUUAUUUAUAGUCACAUUUUAUUUUUAUGUAUUAUUCCUUUUUGGUUACUCUAUUUUUAGAAAAAUUAUAUAUGGGAUAUUCAUUAUGAGUACGAGUAUUACUUGUUGACAAACAAAUUUUGUGAGGUUGGAUUGUAGUGUAAAAUUGGUGAAUCUUGGUCAACAAAAUAUUUUUGGGAAAUGGUGUAAUCUUUUUGUAGUAAUGUUGGAGAUUCUAAGUUAUGUGAGAACUCGAUUUUGGUUUGGAA